AUAAACCUUCUAUUAACGCUACUAACAAAUACAACCCUAGCCCUACUACUCAUACUUAUUGCUUUUUGACUCCCCCAACUAAACGUCUAUGCAGAAAAAACUAGCCCUUACGAAUGUGGCUUCGACCCCAUAGGAUCUGCCCGCCUACCCUUUUCCAUAAAAUUUUUCCUAGUAGCAAUUACCUUCCUCCUAUUUGACCUAGAAAUUGCUCUCCUACUCCCCCUACCUUGAGCAAUCCAAACAAACAAUUUAACAACAAUACUUCUUAUAGCCUUAUUUCUAAUCUCUCUACUAGCAGCUAGCCUAGCCUACGAAUGAACCCAAAAAGGCCUAGAAUGAGAUAAAUA